CUCUAUCUGUAGUUUCAAAGUCUUCUGUAUAUGUGUCUCCAUCUCUCUUUCUCUCCGUGUUGCGUCAAAAUUUUCAAAAAUAAUCAAAAACCAUGUCCUCACGACGUAUCAGCAAAGGUAAAGUGCCCCGGGAUGUGCAUUUGGUGAUGGCUUUGCGCCGCGAACUGAAUCGCAAUUCGCGCCAGAUUACCCAGACCUUCUGGCAGGAGUUUGAGCAGAUCCGCAAUCAACAGCGCCAUCAACUGGUCGAGGAGCGCAACAAUCGCGAGAGUAUUGCCGCACUGAUACGCGAUGCCAAUCAGGAUGCCAUACAGCAAGCGGAGGCACUGGGUCGCAGCAUCAGUUCCCAUGGUAUCAAUCCGGUCGCGCCUUCCCCAUGCAUGCGCCGCGAGGCACCGGCCAUUAUGCCCGUGGAGCAUAAGAACGAUUCCACUAUUCACGUGCAACAAGUACUGCCAUCAUCUACAAGCUCAACAUACGUGCCACGUGCUCCGCCCUCGUCCAGGGCAACCAUUCCGGGCAUACCAAGCAUAAGAACUAGUCCAAACCUAUCUAAACUGCAACUAUCCCAGAAGCCAAGAAAGUGACGAAGUAAAGUCAAGCGUUUAAAAAAAAAACAGAUUGUUUUCAUUAGUUCGUAUUUUGUGAUCAAUUAGGCAGAUUAAAUAUAAUUUCAAACACAAAUCAAAUCUGCAGUAACUUGCAGCAUUAAUGGGA